GGGAAAUGCAGUUUUCAGCGUCCUUCUGUAUACAGUAAAGCGUUUGUACUGGCCUCCUUUUCCCACAAUGCUGAGCUGAAGGCACUCACGAGUGGGUGGAGAGUUGGCUGUGUAGGUUUUGGAGCUGGGUUUCAUGUCAGUAGCAGUAUUAUAAUCUAAUUUAUUUAGAUGUAAACUGGUGUGUGUGAGAUUCAGGAGAAAGCUAAGUGCGUUAGCAUUGAUAACAGAAUGGAGAGACAGCUGCACCUGAAUCUGUUAGCCUCCAGACCCCCGAUGCCAGGAGGCAUCCAAUCUGGCUCCAAAAUGAAAAUGGGACCUGGAAGAAAGCGAGACUUCUCUCCUCUGCCCUGGAGUCAGUAUUUUGAAACCAUGGAGGACGUAGAAGUGGAAAAUGACAACAGCAAAGAUACAUUCAGAGUCUACAGCAGUGGUUCUCAGGGUCCGGUGCUUCUUUUGCUUCAUGGCGGAGGCCACUCUGCCCUCUCCUGGGCUGUAUUCUCUGGAGUGAUAUGUAGCAGGAUUAACUGCAGGGUUGUAGCUAUGGAUCUCAGGGCACAUGGAGACACAAAAGUAAAAAACUCAGAAGACCUGUCUGCUGAAUCAAUGGCCAAGGAUAUUGGGAAAGUGGUGGAAGCUCUGUAUGGUGAAAACCCACCUCAGAUCAUGAUGAUUGGACACAGCAUGGGAGGAGCAAUAGCAGUUCACACUGCCGCAGCCAAUCAUCUACCCUCAUUGCUUGGACUUUGUGUCAUCGACGUGGUGGAAGGAACAGCAAUGGAUGCCUUAAACAGUAUGCAGAAUUUUCUAAGGAGUCGACCAAAAACCUUUAAGUCAGUGGAAAAUGCAAUUGAAUGGAGUGUGAAGAGUGGACAGAUCAGGAAUAUUGAAUCAGCACGUGUGUCUAUGGUUGGACAAGUAAGAAAAUGUGAGGAACCGUUGAGCAGUGCUGGUAUUUCUAAGAGCAUCAGUGAAGGGAUCAUUGAGGAAGAGGAAGAAGAGGAGCAAGAAGGAGAGUCCAAUCACAAAAGGAAGAAGGAAGAUGACCAGGAGGUAAAAAAAGAGAGUUUGUACACCUGGCGCAUUGAGCUGUCGAAGACGGAGAAGUACUGGGAGGGCUGGUUCAGAGGCCUGUCCUCCCUCUUCCUCAGCUGCUCUGAACCAAAACUGCUGUUGCUGGCAGGCAUUGACAGACUGGAUAAAGACCUGACCAUAGGACAGAUGCAGGGAAAGUUUCAGAUGCAGGUUCUCCCACAGUGUGGCCACGCUGUUCAUGAGGAUGCACCUGAAAAAGUAGCUGAUGCUCUAGCCACGUUCAUGGUCCGACAUAAGUUCACUGAAUUCAAGGAGUGCUUUCCCUGACAAUGUCAGUUCUCCACUGGCUUUUAUCCAGCAGCCCGAUGCAAUGAAACUCAUUAAACCCUCUUCUUCAUCUGUGUUGCAUCUCACUGGAGACCACAGUACCGUCAACAUACCAUCGUCUCAACCGCCAACUCUACUCAGCACUUGAUUCUGAUAUAAUGGGUUUUUUAAUGCAUUGAGGUAUGAUUACUGUAGGUCUGACUUCAGCAGGACACGUAGAUCUAAGUCCUCCUGCAAGUUUUCAAAAACUGGCUGAAUAAUUUAUUCUUUUUUUCUCUUUACAUUUUUUUUUUUUUUUUGCAUUUUUUUCGUGCUUUGCUUGUUAUUAAAUUUGGGGUGAGUGCUUCA